GUGUGAGGAAGAGCACGGUCAUGGCCCCCACACUCCCAAGGCCCACUUAUCUACCCCCAGCAACUCCUUCAAUAACCCUUUCGACUUCUGUCUCCAGCAGCAACCAGCCAAUCACAGCAGAGUGGGGGAGAACACACAGCCUAGCCUAGCCUCGCCUCUCACCACUAGGUGAACUCGGCCACUACCCUUCAGCCACACUCUAGACUUGAGUCGUCUCCCAAGACCCACAUCAAGGAGUAUGCGUGUGACACUGGUGUGUGGGGCGGUGGUGCUGCUGCUGGGUGCCAUCACAGCUACAGCCGGGCCUAUUACAGAGACCGGCGAACACAUCGAUGGCAAGAACACCACCAUCGCCCUGGCCAUCAUACAUCAGCUGAUUGGCCUUAUUCCUAACGAGACGGUGAAGGCGUUACUUUUCACCAUCAUUGACGCCCUUACCAAGAAGGACUUUGACUACUGGGGCGAAGUGAAGGAUGACGUGGCGGCUCUGGUGGGGCAGUACAUCAACGCCCACAACAUGCACCAAGUCGAGGUCUACCAAACUGAUUUGGUCUCUCUGAUGGAGAGGUACAACAAUGCCCCUGUGGAGAGCGACAUUUACCCUGAUAAGAACCAUCAGGCGGCAGCGCUCUCCACCUCCAUAAUCACCCACCGCUACCUGAUAGAGGCCGCCGAGUUGCCCCAGUCCAUGAUACUACACUUCGAGGACAUCUCAUCCAUACACGUCGUCGUGCUCAAGGACGCGGCCGUGACCUAUUCCUUCGAGGGUCAUGAACCAUCGCGCUGGUGGGUGGACCUGGACGAAGAGCUGGACCACUACAUCACCUACGGGAAGAAGCUCGAGGGGAACCUACACGAAUGGCGCCAGGCAAUGAUCUCCUGUCAUGAGACUUACAAUGACAACUCCCGGCCUUGGCUCGGUGCUAAAUACGACACCUUCAUUGUGACGGACCUAGUGACGGGAGAGGUGUCAACGUGUAAACAACUGGAGGGGACACACGACUGCGAGAACCACUGCGACCUCUACAGGCAACACAAGGAGAACGAGGUGGGGAUGUUCACAGCAGCCAAGGUGAACAGCGUCCUCGAUACCUGGGUGGAGUUGAAGAACGUCUCCUCCCACUAUGCUGGACAAGCUUCUAGGUUCUACAAUCCACUAAAAGGGUAUUAGAAUGCAUCAAGAUCGACUAACCCAUAGAGCCAAGCAGCGCAUGCCUCUAUGUGAAGAUGUUGAUGAUGUGUAAGUGAUGUCAUCAACACUUGGACGUUGAUGAUGGUCAUUCUUCCCAGCCGUUGAUGUUGAGGGUUUAUCUACGGACGCUGAUGAGGUGUUGCCACAAAGAAUAUACGUAUAUAUACUGUAUUGAGAAAGUUAAAUGUUUCUCUCUUCCUUUUUUGUAGUGGGAAUAUUAUCAUAAUAUAGUAAUUCUUAUUAACUGGAGUCACACCUGUUAAUUUCCCGUUAUCAUUACCCCUCCUGUUACUUCCAUUAAAAGUAUACAAUUACAUUCACCA